AUGGAGUCAUCUGGCGCAGACAAGGGCUUCUUCCAGAAAUCUCCCUCCUUGGUAAACCAAUUCUACGAGGAUGCCACUUAUCAACGCUGCUUCAAACUAUUUCUGCCAGCCGAAUUGAGGGAGCAAAUUGAACCAGAAGUGGCAAAGCUUGGCCAAGAGGUGUUGGCCGACAGAAUAUUCGCCUGGAUCACAGACGCAGAGCGAAACAAACCAUAUCUCAAAGGGUCUGGCCGAAAUGCAUUUGGGCAAUGGCAGGGAAAACUCAUCAUGACAGAAGGGUGGCGCCAGCUGCAGGAAUUUGGCUUCGCGAAAGGGCAAGUUGAUCUUUCUUGUUUUGUCGCCGAUGCCUAUGACACCCCGUAUGGACCUUUUGCACGAAACAGACAAUUUCUCCGCUUGUUUCUCUGGGAGGGAUCAUCUGCAAACGUUACGUGUCCUACGGCGAUGCAGGACGGCGCAGCUAGGAUGCUACAGGUGCAUCUGACCACUCCAAGCCUGGCGUCCAAACUAUCAGAGACGGAAAAGCGAGUGUUUGAGAACGCGUUCCGCCAUCUGACGAGCCGAGAUCCCAAAUUUUCAUGGACCAGCGGGCAAUGGAUGACCGAAAGGCCUGGUGGAAGCGACGUAUCAUUGACUGAGACGACGGCCGUUUAUCGGCCAAACGAGGCCGAAACGAUGGCAUCCAAAGAAGAGGGCAUCCCGCUAGGCCCAUGGAGUAUCAACGGGUUCAAGUGGUUUUCGUCCGCCACCGAUUCCGACAUGACGAUUCUGCUGGCAAGGACACCAGCUGGCAAACUCUCUACGUUUCUUGCGCCACUUCGAAAGCAUGAUCCCACUGCCCUGAGUGAAUCUGGAAAUCCCGACCCAAAUGGUCAGUGCCUGAAUGGCGUGCGCAUUCAGCGUCUAAAGAAUAAGCUCGGUACCCAAUCUCUCCCAACGGCAGAGCUCGUCCUGGAAGACAUGCGUGGUUGGAUUAUCGGGGAGGAAAACCGCGGCAUCCAGGAGAUUUCCGUCCUGCUGCACUUGACGCGGAUACACUCCACUAGCCAAGCAGUCGGAUACUUGGGCCGUGGCCUAGCAGUCGCGCGAGCAUUUGCAAGGGUCAGGGAAGUCGGGGCCGGUAGAGGCGCUAGAAUGAGACUGACCGACAGCUCACUGCAUAUGAAGACGUUGGCGCGGAUGACUGCCGAGUACAGACGGAUAAUGCUUCUGCACAUGUUUACCGUGCAUAUCCUUGGGCUGUCAGAACAUCCGACGGAAAUGGGCGCGGAUAUAACGCCGGCCCUCAAGGCACUGACGCCUCCAUCAAAGGAUCUCUUGCCGCUUCUGAGGGUCCUCUCCACGCUGACAAAGGCAUAUGUCUGCAGCUCGGCCCUGAGAUUGCUGUAUUCCUGUAUGGAGUCCAUCGGUGGCGUGGGCUAUCUGUUGAACGAGGAACAAGAGUAUCUCAACAUUGCGCGUCUCUAUAGGGACUGUGCUGUGCUACCCAUCUGGGAGGGUACAACCGAUUUGCUGAGCACUGACUUUAUCAGGGCACUCAAGCGUCCUGAAUCAGGAGUGCAGUCACUUGAUGCCUUGGACCGCUUCAUUAAACAGGCAUUUUCUUUGAAUGGAGAUGACUCUCAUCGCGGAGAAGUGGUGAAGAGGUGGGAGAGCGAGAGAAACCGCAUUACCAAGGAAUCUCAAAACGAUCUUGUCGGCAAGGGCAGGGACCUUAUGUGGUCCGUUACGGAAGUUUUGAUGGCGGCUUUGCUGCAUGUCGACGCCAACAAUGACGGAGAUGUCGCCGAGCGAGAAAUUCUGCAACGAUAUUUGGAGGACAGAUUCUCGGUAGAGGAGCGAAUUGGUGUAUCCACAAGGGAAGAGCUGGAAAAGGACUUUGCUAUUGUGUAUGGCGAAGAAAGAUCAAAGACUGGCUCCAAUCUGUAA